UUCACAAGGCUUUCCUCCUUCAUAGUGAAAACUAAUUUUAUUCUAGGACACGCAUAUUUUCUGGUAAUGAAAUAUCAUUUAUAUAUAUAUAUAUAUAUAUAUAUUUUUUUUUUUUUUUCGGUACGUGGGUCUCUCACUGUUGUGGCCUCUCCCGUUGCGGAGCACAGGCUCCGGACGCGCAGGCUCAGCGGCCAUGGCUCACGGGCGUAGCCGCUCCGUGGCAUGUGGGAUCUUCCUGGACCGGGGCACGAACCCGUGUCCCCUGCAUCGGCAGGUGGACUCUCAACCACUGCACCACCAGGGAAGCCCUCAUUUUUAUAAUUUUGUAUUAAAUGUGUUUGCUUGGUAAGUGGGCACAGCACAGCUUGUGGUCUCUAGUGGAUGUUCCCAGAAGUGCUGGGAGGGGAUUAUGCCACACAGAAGUGACACAGUGAUCUGGAGACAUGGGGUAGAAUGUUAAUGAUAAGAAAUGGCUAGGAGAUAAAAAGAUACCAAAGGCCUCUGCAAAGAGGUUUCGGGUUUCGCUCCUGCCAGCAGGCUCCGCCCCGUCGGUGGUGGUAGGGCACGGGCGGGGUUAGGGCGAGGCGCUGGCGCUGGCGCUGGGUGGGGCUGGUCCCGUUGUGCUGCGGCUCUGCGCUACCUGCAGUCCCGGGCCGGAAUCCCGCUGCUCCGGCCUCGAGUCUGCCCGCCUGCCAGCCUGCCAGCCAUGGAGCCCGGCCCCGACGGCCCCGCCGCCAUCUGGUUCCGCUAGACGUGCAGCGCAUGGCCCGGCCAGGCCCUGUCGCUGCAGGCGGAGCAGCUGCUACACCAUCAGUGCUCGCGGUAUCAGGAUAUCCCUGUCUUCCGCAGUAAGAGCUACGGCGACGUGCCGGUGUUGGAUGGCGUCGUCCAGUGCACAGAGAGGGACGAGUUCUCCUACCAGGAGAUGAUAGCCAACUUGCCCCUCUGCAGCCACCCCAAUCCACGCAAGGUGCUGAUCGUCGGGGGCGGGGAUGGGGGUGUCCUGCGGCAGGUGGUGAAGCAUUCCUCCGUGGAGUCCGUGGUCCAGUGCGAGAUCGACGAGGAUGUCGUUCAAGUCUCCAAGAAGUUCCUGCCGGGCAUGGCCGUUGGCUACUCGAGCUCAAAGCUCAUCCUACAUGUGGAUAAUGGUUUUGAGUUCAUGAAACAGAACCAGGAUGCUUUCGAUGUCAUUAUCACUGACUCCUCAGACCCCCUGGGCCCUGCUGAGAGUCUAUUCAAGGAUUCCUGUUACCGGCUCAUGAAGACGGCCCUGAAGGAGGGUGGCAUCCUCUGCUGCCAGGGCGAGUGUCAGUGGCUGCACCUGGACCUCAUCAAGGUGAUGCGGCAGUUCUGCAAAUCACUCUUCCCGGUGGUCGGCUACGCUUACUGCACCAUCCCCACCUACCCCAGCUGCCAAAUUGGCUUCAUACUGUGCAGCAAAAAUCCAAGCACCAACUUCCUGGAGCCCGUGCAGCCCCUGACGCAGAAGCAGGUGGAACAGAUACAGCUGAAAUACUACAACUCUGAUGUACAUCGGGCACCCUUCAUCCUGUCCGAGUUUGCCCGCAAAGCCCUGAAUGAUGUGUGCUGAGCCCAGGCGCCGCUGCCGGUGCCGCCCAGGACCUCCGGCCAGCAAGCCUCCAGGGUGGCUGGACGCCGCCAGCCCUGGAUGAGACUCCUGCAGACUCGCUUCCGAAUCCAGUGUUACAGGACCCAGAAUGCUGCCCGGCCUGCCCUGUUAGGACUUUCUGUGUGGCGUUCAGCUUGCAAGUUUAUACCAGGUGCCUACAGCACCAUCUCCACCUCUGUCGCCCCUCACUCACCAAACACAUGUAUCUAGAACAACAAUGAGAACAAAUAUUCUGCCAAUAUUAGGAACUCAACGCAAGACAUUUGUAUACUGUUUAGUUUUGAGUAUGCAACAGCCUGUUUUGGAGGAAAUGGCAGUUUCUCCUCUAAGCCACUUGUAGCUGAGAACUUCAUAGUAGAGUUUAUGUCUUGGAGGAGGAGAGAGUAUUUUGAUGAGCUACAAAUUGGCUAUUCACUAAGAAGCUAAAACAUAAAUUAGUGUUAAAGUGGUGGGUCAUAGGGAAGUAUAUCUGAACACAGAAGUUGAAAUUGGGGCAGAAAUAGUCUCUCUCUCACAAUUCCCUUCCUUCACUUUAAGUGAAUCUCUUGCCUGAUAUAAAAAGAAAGGCAGGGCUCAAGAAACGGAAAGGAGAAACAGAAGAAAACUACAAAAAUGAAACAGGCAAGAGUUUCCUGAAUGCUCUUCAUUCACUCAAAAUUAGCAGAGUAAAAUUCAAGCCCACCGAAUAAUAAUUAAGGCCCCAUUUGCCUAGAUUCCAAAUAUCUGAAGCCUAUUUGAGUAGGCGUGUGUUAUCUAGCACCCAUAAGAGCUAUGGGAUGGAGGUGGAAAUAAUCCUCUUUGAUAAAGAUAAAAGAUCUUGAGAAGGAUUUUCCAGAGAAGAGGCCCAUUCUAGAUCUUAAGUCUGCCUUGGGCUCCAGAAAGCUAAAUGUAGAAUGUUGUGGUAACAUACUUGCUCAUGUACAGCUGUGUUAUAUAAACACCCUCAAUUAAAUUCUGACUCACUUUUUGUU